UGGUCAUCCGUUGGUCCUCACAGAGACGGAGUGCAGAGAGGACUGAAGGCAGAGCUGAAAGUCGAGCAUGGCCAGGUUGGAUCACACAGAGACUUUUCAUGGAAUUUCAUUUCCAGGACAUCUGCACACGCAGGAUUCUUUACAAUUUGCUCUUAAAUUUCGGUUUCAAGACACAGAUAUCCUCGUCGUGUCCUAUCCAAAGUCAGGCACCACAUGGAUGCAGGAAAUUGUGACUCUCAUAUCCAGCGGAGGAGAGCCGCUCUUGUCCCAGACUGUCCCAAACUGGACUCGAGCUCCCUGGUUGGAGCAGUACUAUGCUGCUGCCAUGUUGGAAGCCUCCUCCAUCAGGCCACGGGUCAUCACCACACACCUGCCUCAUCACCUGCUGGGCCCUGCCCUCCAGGGCUCCAAGGCCAGGGUCAUCUAUGUGAGCAGAAACCCCAAAGAUGUUGUGGUUUCCUUUUACCACUUCCACAACAUGGCCAACUUUCUCCCCAAAGCCGACUCAUUUCCAGAGUUUUUAAACCGAUUCCUUGAGAGCACUUUGCACUUCGGUUCCUGGUUUGAUCACAUUAAAGGCUGGACCUGUCAGGGAGCAGCUCUCAAUCUGCUUCACAUCACCUAUGAACAGAUGUCAAUGGACUUGCGUGGAACCAUAGAGAGGGUGAGUUCUUUCCUGCAGCGCCCUCUGCUGGAGGAAGAGCUCACUAACUGCGUGAAACACUGCAGCUUCAGCAGCAUGAAGGACAACAAGAUGAUCAACUACACCCUCGUCCCUAAUGAGAUAAUGGACCACAGCAAGGGGACCUUCAUGAGAAAAGGUCAGAUUGGAGACUGGAGAAACAUGUUCACAGAGGAGCAGAAUCAGUAUUUCCACAGUGUCUUCGCCUCCAAGAUGCAGGACUGCCCUUUACAAUUUGUGUGGGAGAAGCCGGAGGGAGAGGAGUCACACACCUAAAAACAAACACAGAGAAGAAACCAGAAGUGUGAAGUGCUCUCACAGAUGCGUCGCUAAUGUACAGCAAUAUCUUUUGAUGUUUUU